AUGACCUACCGAGAUGAGUACCGACACUGGCCUUUCUUGACAGAAGAAGAAUUCACACUUGCUUGUGCAUUUUUCGACCAACGGUAUAUCAAAGCGAAAUUGGGACCUACAAGAAAAAUUCUCAAGAUUAUAAGUCGACGAACAGCUACUACAGGAGGCGCCUACAUUGAAAUCCUUCGCUUGUUGCAGCCACCGAAGGAUGACGAUGAUCUUGCUCUUGCGUUGGAGAGCUUGAGUGGCUUUGGGAGCUCUGCGAAAGAUGAGGGAAUGGACGUAGAUAUGGCUAAUGAUGACCAUGAUCAAGAGGUAUUGCGACCACAGCUGUGGCAGAAACCAGAUAGCACACCACCAAAAUAUAGUCUUUAUUCCCAUCAACCUUAUGUCACAUAUGAGAUACAUCUCCAUCCAACUUACAGAAUGCCAACUUUAUGGUUCACCUUACAUGACCUACCUAUGGGAGACCCAACAUUUGAUUUAGAGUCAGUGUUUCGUUAUCUUGUACCGGAAGAGCAGAAGUCAAGACUUAGGGAAGCUGGUAUAACAGGCGGUAUCUCAGCAGCACCACAUCCUGUCACCGACCUACCUGCUUUUUUCAUCCAUCCCUGCCAGACUAAAGAAGCCAUGGAAAACUUUGAUUGCCCAACGCAUGAAUAUCUCAUGGUUUGGCUAGGUUUAGUGGGGGGCUGCGUAGGAUUGUGGGUUCCUCCGGAGAUGGCUGAGGAACAGUUGUAA